UACAGUUCCCGUGAGCCUUCGGGGCACCACGCGCGCCUGCCCGUUCUACUAUCGCGUAGCCAGGACUCCAUUUCCCAGCGUGCUUUAUGACGCGACGACCACCUUUGUCCGAGAACUUCAGGAGUCCGGUUCCUGAGCUACAACUGCGGUAGCCGAGGCUGAGCGGAAGCCGAUGCUGAGUGGGCAGCUGGUCGGGCGCCUGUUCUCCAUGGCCGGUCGUGUCUGUCUAUCCCGGAGCAGCGCAGGACUGGGGACCAUCGGUCCCGUCGAGGCUGCCAUUCGGACGAAGUUGGAGCAGGCCCUGAACCCCGAGGUGCUGGAGCUGCGCAACGAGAGCGGCGGCCAUGCGGUCCCACCAGGCAGCGAGACGCAUUUCCGCGUGGCGGUGGUGAGCUCUCGCUUUGAGGGACUGAGCCCCUUACAACGGCACCGGCUGGUCCACGCUGCCCUGUCUGAGGAGCUGGCUGGGCCGGUCCACGCACUGGCCAUACAGGCACGGACCCCCGCACAGUGGCAGGAAAACCCUCAACUGGACAUAAGCCCCCCUUGCCUGGGUGGGAGCAAGAAAACUCGGGGAACGCCCUGAGCCCCAAGAGAGGGAAGACUAGGAUUCUAAUGGUUUGGGAAUAAACUAUGGGCUUCCUUUCCUUCAGUACAGUCUGGUAUUUGCAAGGGAUAAGGACCCUUGUGUCCCAUUCAACCAGCACAUAUUCUGUGGAGAUAGCAGCUCAUUUCAGAUCAAAGCUUACCCAAGGGAAGAGUAGUGCCCUUGCCCUUUACUGCUUAGGAAAAACUGCCCAGGCAUUUCAUGUUGAAUUGUGACUGAGGAACCACCAGACCUGAUGAGUUGUAAAUAAUCCUGUACAUUAAAAGAUAAAUUAUCAUAGGA